AAACCAGCAAAAACCGAAAUAAAAAACAACAGAAUAAAAAGAAUAUCAGAAAAAGUAUUAAUAUUAAUAUUGUCAAGCAGAAAGUGUUAAUUUAUUCGAAAGGUAUUUUCCAUAAAAAUUGUCCUUUAUUGGUGCAAACAAAUUACACUUAAGGCCCGCACAUAAACGAUGGCUGCCACAACACUGGUAUAGUAGAUACGCAUUACGUCCAUGUUCCAGUGUACAUAUGUGCUAAAACAAACUGAUAUAUUAUCGUUAUCUACCGACGAUAACAGCGCCAAAGUUCUGUUUCCAAUUGAGUGAAAAUACUCCUACUGGAAAACGGUGGAUUUGUUUUUAUGUGAUAACUAAGCACCACCUCUAGUCGCAACAAUUGUCAGUUUAGUCAAAGUUUAAGGCAGUCUAAUUUAAAAGUAGUAUUCCUGUUGGAAAAUAUGUAUCAAUCUGUAAAUCAAGAUCCCAAUCAGCAAUAUUAUGGUGGCGGAUACCCCCAAGGCGGUGGUUACCCCCCACCUCAAGGGGGCUAUCCUCAAGGAGGCUACCCUCCACCAGGUGGUUAUCCACCACCAGGAGGUGGCUACCCACCACCAGGUGGCUAUCCACCCCAGGGAGGCUAUGGUGGCUCUGAAGGCUAUCCCCCCGCUGGUUUCGUACCGCAACCAGGUUUUGUUCCACCACCACAGAACGAAUAUGGUGGCGGUUAUGAAGAUCCUGAAGGUCCUAAGAAUUUCUCAUUUGACGAUCAAAGUGUGCGCAAAGGAUUUAUACGCAAAGUCUAUAUGAUCUUAAUGCUACAAUUGUUGGUUACCUUUGGCUUUGUAGCCUUGUUUGCUUUGCAUAAACCAUCAAAAGAGUUUGCUAUGCGUAACCCGGCCCUAUUCUGGAUAGCUUUGGCUGUUCUCUUAGUGACAAUGAUCUCUAUGGCAUGUUGUGAAGGAGUGCGUCGAAAGACACCCAUGAAUUUUAUAUUCCUGGGAUUAUUUACACUGGCAGAGUCAUUCUUAUUAGCAAUGUCAGCCAGUCGAUUUGCACCAAUAGAGAUAUUGAUGGCCGUUGGUAUAACAGCUGCAGUAUGUCUAGCAUUGACACUGUUCGCUUUCCAAACCAAAUACGAUUUUACCAUGUGCGGCGGAGUGCUACUAGUUUGCAUGGUUGUCUUUGUUAUAUUUGGUAUUGUGGCUAUAUUCUUACCGGGGAAAAUAAUGACGCUUGUUUAUUCCUCGAUUGGUGCACUGCUCUUCUCAGUUUAUUUGGUUUACGAUACGCAGCUUAUGAUGGGAGGCAAUCACAAAUAUUCAAUUAGUCCCGAGGAAUAUAUUUUCGCAGCUCUAAAUCUCUAUUUGGAUGUAGUUAAUAUCUUCAUGUACAUUUUAGCCAUAAUUGGCGCAUCGAGGGACUAGGACUAAAUGUUUAUAAGAUCUAAGGGAGGAGUGUACAACUAAGCAUUACACCAACAUACGAUAAUAUGAUAAACCAAAACCAAUAAGAGAUCAACUCGUUGCUUGAUAAUAAUCUAUUAACAUAAUAAUAUACACAACAAAAUCGAAAUGAAAUUUAAGAAAAAACAAAAACAAAAUUAACUAAAUUUACUUACGUAUAUAGUAUGUGCGUGUAAUUGUUAACAUACGUUAUUUCUUCAUCUUAAUUUGUUUUUUUUUGUGUCUUAACGAUUAUCUUUGGUUUACAAGUAUCUAUGUUAUAUAUAUCUCUUUAAUAUUCAUAAAAACCGCUGUAAAGAUUUCCAAACCAUACACAUUGAAAAAUCACUGUAAAGUUGAUCAACUUAUGAUAUUAAACACUACCUUUCCCUCUAAAACCGUUUGAAUGGAUUCCCCUGAAACAACUUAAACUUUAAUCGGUAUACUAAUUCCAUAGUAUGUGAAUUUAGUCAUAGAGUUUAGUAUAUCCAUGAAUAGUUGUCAAAGUAUUCUUCAGUCCCUACUUUCCAAACUUUCCUUUGAAAAGUCUGUCUAAUGUCAAAUUAGGACAGCACGAAAAAAGCCAUUUCCUUAAACAAAUUAUAGGCCAAAGCAUAAUACGGAGUUAUAAAUGUGUAUAUCGACCCAUCAUUAUUGUUGUUGAUGUAGUGAAUAAAUAUAAGUAUUCUUUUAAUAUAUCUUUUGUUAUUAUUUUUUUAGUUUUUCUCUUAUCCUAUACCAAAAACAGAAGGGGGAAAAACAAAACAUAAAACCCUGAUUAGUCUUAAAGUUUAAUUAUUAAAAAUGAAUUUACUUACAACAAAUUUGUGUAUUAUUGCCUCAAAGAUUAUUUACUUUUAUUUAACUUAAAAAAGGAUUAACCCGCUCACAUAUAUAAAGAGAUAUUGUUGGUUAAUCCACGAAAACAAUAAGUUUUGACAUACAAAGAACGCUUUUAAUUUUUCAAACCAAAAAAAGAUCUACAACUUUUCAAAUAUCGAUUAUAUAUGCGUUUCAAUUUCUUCGACAAUUUAAAAACAGUAUAUAAAUACCUAAAAUUAAUAUGUAAGAGCACAGAGAGCGACAUCCUCUGCUAUUAUAUAACAAAAAGCGAUUAACGCCUUAAGAUACGAUUGAGACAAAUAAAGUAAAAUUAAAGUCAAUAAAUUGAUUGUUAAGGAUUGGAACACAAAA